CAAACAAUGGGUACACGUGUACCGCCUCCCUGUCCCACCUCUUUAAUAUGUGAUGGACAAUCUGUGGCCGGUUUGCCGCAACUCAUUGAUGAUUUACAAAGACUCUCCGAAGAUCAGGAUAGUGCUGAUGUGGUAUUUAUAUGUGGUCGCGAAGAGGAACGUAUUUAUGCCCAUCGUAUUAUAAUGAUGGCUCGCUGCAAAAGUUUCAAGACCAACAAACGCGGUGAAUUUUGUCGCAUACCCGGCUGUUCCGUGUCACCUGCGACCCCUGGCUCACCCACAGCAGUAAGACUGCCCCAUGUACAUCCCGAAGUAUUAAGACAAUUUGUGCUUUAUGUCUACACAGCCAAGAUUUUAUUACAAGAUUCUCGUGUUUUUGAAAUGAUGACUUUGGCCCAGGAUAUGGGCUGUUGUGAGUUGAGAUCGGCCUGUGAGGAUCAUGUUAUAGCAACGUUGUCGGUGGACAAUGCUUGUACAUUUUUGACAGCAGUCAUGGAAAUACAUGAAAAAGCGGGUGCUAAAUGUGCUGCUUCUUUCAUGGAGCGCUGUAUCAUCUAUAUUGGAGAAAAUGCCAAUGAGUGCGUCAAAACAAAUGCCUUUUUGAAUUUGAAAAAGGAGGCACUAAUCAAGUUGAUAUCAUCGGAUUAUUUCUGCCUAGAAGAGGAAGAUGUGUGGCGCUGUGUUUUAGCCUGGGCUAAAAAUCAUGCCGGCGUUACCCAACCCACUGCCCAUUGGAAUGAAGAGGAAAGAGUCCGUGUUUGCCAGCAAUUACAAGGUGUUAUGUGUCAUGUACGUUUAUUGCUAAUCGACAGUCAAGUAUUUGCCGAAGAAGUUGAACCUACUGGGGCUGUACCCAUGGAACUAUCUUUAGAGCGUUAUCGUUAUGCGGCCUUGCAAAAUUCAAAUAAUAAACCGGGUCAUCAUUCAGGUGCGGGCAUGGGCGGUGGUAGUGGUCUAAGUGGCAUGCUUGGUAUGGGUGCUGGUGGCAGUUUUAGUGCUAAAAUGGAUGGUGAUAAGAGACUACAGCCCAGAUUGACGGUGAAUAUGUUUCCUGGCUCUCAGAUAUUGAGAAAUGAUAAAUUACAUUUGCAAAGUGUUUUGAAUAAUUGGUAUGGUUGUGCCAAACAGUCCUGGCGUUUAUUAUAUCGCGCCUCUACACAUGGAUUCUCUUCGACGGCUUUUCAUCGCUAUUGUGAUGGUGUGGCGCAAUGUUAUGUUAUAUGUUUGGGCUCCCAUGGUGAAAUUAGUGGUGGCUUUACGGAUGUGGCCUGGGCUAAAACUUCACGCAAGGGUGUGUACAUACAAUCGGAUAGAGCAUUUCUCUUUGCCUUAAAUGCUGGUGUGGCUGAAUCUCCCCUCAAAUUUGAUAUAGUUAAGAAACCUUAUGCCAUAUGCUAUCAUCCGGACUGUGGCCCGAUAUUUGGUGCUGGCGCCGAUUUGCUUAUAGCCAACAAUUGCAAUACCAACAAAGAUUCCUAUUCUAAUCUACCACAUUCCUAUGAUGGCCCUAGUGCCUCCUAUGAAACCUUGUUUGGCGAUUAUAAUUUCACCAUUAACGACUAUGAAGUUUAUACGGUGGCACAGUCUAGCCCCGGUUUAAAUCAAAAUCCUACUUACAGCAGUUCCUCUAAUUGUUUAACGAAUAACUCGAAUAGUUUAACAAAUACUAAUGGUUCUACGGGCGGUUUAAAUAACUCCAAUACUAUGAUGAAUAAUAAUAAUAUGGGCAAUAAUAGUGUGAGCUUGGCAAAAGCUAAAUAUGAAAGAUAUUAAUGACGAUUUUUUUUAUACAUCGUAGCAAUGUAAGAAAUAUAUGUUAAAAUCUAGAUUUUAAUAAAGAAAAUAAUAGUUUUGUUUAGCUAUUAAAAUGAUUUAUAGGUUUUAAUUAAUAAUUUCAAUAUUAUUUUCUAACUAAAACCUAGAAAUCUAACUAAUUGUAAACAAUGCUAAUAUUUCAAAAAUAAAAAUGGUCCUUCGAUCAAUAA